UCUCUUUAGUCUCUGAUCAAAAAAAUACAAACUCUCUUUGGUCUUUUCUUCUCCACCGUUUAACUCUCUCUCCAAUUUUUUUUCUGCAGUAAGAAGGGAAGAAAACAACGUCGAAGCGGCCAUGAAUGAGGCUGAACCUAUGGUGACUUCAAUGUGGGCUUUCAUGGCUAGCUGGUUAACACCCUCUGUUCUCUUCUGCGUUCUGAAUCUCACGAUCGGUACUAUCUUCAUCAUUUCAAAGCUCCAAAACCAAAACAAACACCAACAGAAACAACAACUCGGUGAAGACAACUCACCCCAACUUGUCCGAACUCCAUCUUUGCUCGAACGAGUGAAGUCAAUCAAUUUGUCUUUCUACAGAUCAGAAUCGGUCGACCCGUUUCACCCCAUGGCACACCACACCGAUCCAACUCACGAUCGGAGUGAAGACCAAACCCUAGAGAGUCAGAGUCAAAACCCCAAAGAGGAUCUGGGUUUGGAGGGUCACGUGACUAGAAGCAAGUCUGAAAUGGGUGGGAAGACUCCGGCGAUGGUUGAGCCAACGAUGAAGAAGUCUGCAAGUGAGAAGGCAGUGGCUGCAGUGGAGGUUGAUGUUGAUCAUAGGCGACCAGCGACGGUAAGAGAAAGAAAGGGGAAGGGGAAGUGGAGUGAAACGGCGUCUUCUGGGGAAGAUGAAACGGUUGAUGCCAAAGCUGAUGACUUCAUUGAAAGGUUUAAGCAACAGUUGAAGUUGCAAAGGCUUGAUUCCCUCCUAAGGGUCAAGGAGAUGCUGAACAGAGGGGCUGGGAGGUGAUUUUUGAACAAAUCUGCCCUUCUGUGGUAGGAUUUUCUGUAUUAAAAUUCAUGGGUGUUGUGGUCGUUGAGAUCUAUCAAUUUUUAAGAUCACCUAGUAUUACUCGUUCAUCUUUGAUCCCAUUGCUUGCUUUUUUUUUUUUUGUU